AUUGACAUGGAGCCCACAUAUUGAUCAUGUUUGUUCCAAUGUUAUAUAUUUUACGCCGAUUGAAAGAAUAUGUACCUCAACAUUAUCUUAAGAUGACCUAUUCUGCAUUCUUUCAAGGCACAUUUUCAAAUGGUUUAUCAUUGUGGGGUUGUGCUACUAAUGUACAAAAAAUCUUGCUUCAAAAGAAGGCAAUGAGAAUUUUUUAUGCAAACUACUUGGAACCUUGCAGGCCAAUUUUUGUUGAACAAAAUAUAAUGACUAUUUAUAGUUUAUUUGUACUUUUACUAGCAAUGGAUAUGAAAAUGAAUUUUGACUCUUUCCUACAUAGGGAGGAUUUUCACCAGCAUAAUACUAGGUACAGACUCGGCAUUGAAAUACCUUAUUCCAGGCUGAGAAGAACUCAGAUCAGUUCAAGAGUAAUUUCUGUAAAAAUAAUUAAUAAACUUCCGUUUUCUGUGAGAUAAAUUCUGUUGUUCAGUUUAAUCUUAAAAUGAAAACACUUUUGUCAGAGAAUCCGCUUUACUCAUUGACUGAAUUCCUAAACAUGAGUAAUGUAUCCAUUAGUAGCUACUUUUGAUUAAAUUUGAAUGUAUUUAGACUAAAUUUUAUAUAACUGAACUGUAAUAUAAACUAUCAUGAGUUGAAUAUUCAAAUUGCCUAUUAUGUCAGUAUUAUUGAAUGUACUUUGUGGUCUGUUGAUGUUUUACUAUUGUAAUUUUAUGUGACGUUUCCGAUUGUUUAGAUGUUAUACUUGAAGGAAUAAAAAUCUAUUCUAUUCUAUUUAUUGGAAUGAAAUUUAUAUGUUUAAAUAAGAUAUUUGUUUUUCAGAUCUAUAGACAAAAUGGGACCUUAUUCGAAAAAAUUCCAUCCUUUCAUCCAUUUGCACUCACCUGGAUUCAAUUUCCGCAACACACUCUUCUUGCUUACAUGGAGGCAAAUUCGACGUUAAACAUCUAUGGGCUACAACAAGAUGGCAAUGAGGGAUUCGUGAGACUACUUUCAACACAUCUCCCUUCAAGGGAUCUGCAAGCGAUGCUCCUUCCUCUCAAUGAUCGACCGAAUAAGUUGCCCACACUUUUGACCUUCACUCAAAACGAAAUAAAUUUGAUUAUUGGUGAUUUGGCUGGAAGUAUAUAUGAAGGAAUUUCACCUGACUGCUCUGUUGAAAAAAGAUUAAUUUAAGAACUAUAUUCAAAAACAAUUCAUAUUUGGAGUGAACUUCAAAUUCAGUGAAGGUUAUUGAUUGCAAAAACUAGUCAAACUUACCAAAGUCUUAAAAACUUGAAAGAGUUAUAUUUUUUAUUCAGAUUGCUGCUCGUAUUUAUUCAGAAGCAAGGAUCUAUUGUUAUUCACCAAAUGAUCAUUAUUAUUUUUAUUUAUUCAAUAAUAUUAUGUAGGCUAAUCUAUUCACUUCCCCUUAUUCCCUAGGGCAGCUUGUAUUAGGCAUUUCGUAUUAUAUUUUGUCUGUGAUAAAAAGUUAGCUUAUGGAAUGAUAUUCCAUAUAAUAUUUACAAUUACAAUACUGUACUUGGGAACAAAAAAAUAUUCAAAUAUAUUUCAAAUUAUUUUGAAUUAUUCUUCCAUGAAAUAAAAAGAAAUAGCCUUAAACAUGUGUAAAACCUAUUAAUGAAAUCAACUGAUUCACAUUCCCUGUGAAUGAACAAUAAAUGUAAAUUUGUAUGUGAAUAUUUAUGUAAAAUUAAGUUUGUUAAUGGAGGGUGUGAAUUUAUGAUUGGAAUGUAAAAUAUUUAUACAAACCUCAAACUGAGAUGAUUUGCAUAAAUUUAUAUGAUUAUGAUCCAUCUGUUGAGAGCGAAUGCAAUUGAAAUAAACUGGAAAAAUCAUUGUUACAAGUUUUUAUUAUAUUUUGGAAUCCUAUUAUUGGACAUCAAUAGAAAUUGAAUUGCACCUACCAUGCUUACAUCUCUACAAGUUUCUACGAUAAAAUUUUGUGGGUUGAGUUUCAUCCAUAUUUCUAAUUUAUUUUUAUUUUUUUUUAGUUUCUGAUCUAGCCUACUUCAUCACCCUUUUUCGGCUUAUGUUGAAUAUAUAUAUUUAGCCUUUUUCUCUUCCGUUACAGUUCAAUACUCAUCUAUUUCUUUGGAAUUCCGUUUUAAAUUUUCUUUUGAGAGACUCUACUGUCAGUUUAUAUUGCAUCAAUUACAUCUAAAGUAUGAAUAAAGAAGAAAUGUUGGAAAUGUUUGGCAAUAUACAAGAGAUAUGAUUGAGACACUGACAGGUAUUAUUAGCAAAGAAAUCAGUGCAUUGAACAUCAAAUCCGAGGUAGAGGAUCAAGGCAGGAGAAUUGAUGAAUUGGAGGAGGAAAAUUCUAAGUUGAGAAUGGAAGUUAAUAAGCUCAAAGUAGCGACCGAGACUUAAAAGACGGAAUAACUUGAUAUUUUUCGGUGUUGAAGUAAAUGGGAAGAAUCUUCCAAUUAUUAUCAUGGAUUUAUGUAAUAAGGUAAUGAAGGUUGAUAUAGGUGAGGCUGACCUGGAUGGAGUGUGCCGUGUAGGAUGUCUCACACGACUAUGACAGAGAGACUAGAAUAAUAAGUUGGCGGAUUUGAGAGAUAUUAGUAGGAAAUUGAAAAGGUGCGGUAAGAAUUCAAGAAUUAGAGGAGUUGGUCUUGUAGUGGACGGAAAGUUGAGCAAGUGAAGAAUAUGAUGGAGAGAAAUAAGUGGAAUUUGAUCUCGGAGAGUGAAGAAGGACAAACCGGAUCGCCGCCUCCAUCUCAGACUGCUGAACCUUAUUCUGAGGAAACAGUGGCAGGAACAGUAGAAGAGAGAAGGAGGAAGAAUAAAGAGCUAAAUAAUACGCCCAAUAUUCGAGAGUUCUUCAAUUCUAGCGCUAAAGCUGGACCAUCGAAGAAGAACUAGCAAUCAGCAAUGCUUGGACAGGACGCAGUCGAAGUUAGCGUCCUAGCCUAUAAUAUAGCAGGAUGGAAGAUAUAUCCUGAAUUCACGCAAUUCCUGAAAAAGUUUGAAUUGAUAUUUCUGUCUGAAACAUUUGUAGAUGAAGAAGCUGAUUUUAUAAAAUUUAAAGAGUUGAAUUUGAAAAAAAUUGUCCCGGUAUAUUUGAACUGCAAUGAGUAGAAUGACGACUUUAGUCGACUUAGUGAGCUGACGUGGGAGCUUACUUACUGCUGAGUAUGAAAAUCGUAUUAUUAUUAUUGGAGAUCUUAAUGGCCGUUUCAGUUGUGCACAGAAAAUUCCAAGGCAUGUUCUUCCAGAUCUGUCUCACAAGCCUUGAUAGAACUUCCAAGGAUGAUACAAUGAAUGGAAAUGGACGUAAGUUCAUUAAUUUUAUCAAUGAUCUGAAUAUGGUUGUCUUGAAUGGAAGAACCCAGGAAGAUAGCCAAGGAAAAUUCACUUAUGCAGGUGGUCAAGGAUCAUCAGUUAUUGAUUCGUGUGCUGCAACAUGUAACUCUUUGGAGCUGAUUAGCGACUUCAUGGUGGGCGACGAAUUUUUCUCAGACCACUUCCCAAUAGUAGUCGAACUCGAAAAUUUAAUGACAGACACUGACUCACAUUCAAUGCUAUUGCCUAAAUUGAAAUAGGAUAACAAGAAGAAACAGCUUUAUCAGAGGCAUAUUUCUCAACAAACUGCACAUAAGUUGUGGGCUGAUGAGGUGGUGGUAGAUGCGAAGUCAUUAUUAGAGAUAAAUCUAUGCAUGCUCGCAACGUCACUGUAGUUACCAUGGAGAGAAUUUCAAGCAGAAGUGGUUUGACUCAGAGUGUCAAAGGGUACGUACCAAGGUAAUGAAGCUAUUGAGAUUAUUUCGAAGAACUAAUUGAGUGGAGAUUGGGAGUCAAUACAGAGAACAAAACAAACUUUAUAAGUCGAUUUGCCUGGAUAAAAAAGUCAGUAUUGGAAGAAUACAACUUAGGAAAUAAAUCUCAAAGGCGAAAAAUUCAAAAGAAUUUUGGAAUCUGGUAAGACUUUUCUUUUCAUUGGUAAGAAAUUGAUCAUUAAUGUACAUGAAAUGAGAGAUGGAAGAUUCACUUUGAGGAGUUGCUGAAUCCGUCAAGCUGUGGUGAUAGGAUCUUCAGCGCAGACCCAUACACCUUGGAUGAGGAGCUUGAUAGAAAUUUCAGUAUGACAGAACUUUCUAGAGUGUUGAAAGGUGCACCAGAUAAUAAGGCUCCAGGAGAAGAUAGGGUGGCAUAUGAAUUCUUCAAGAAUGCGCCUGGAAUUUUCCUUGAAAAACUGCUUGAAGUGUAUAACUGCAUCUUCAGUUUGGGUGAUGUACCAGAGGGUUAUAAGGAAUCAGUGAUAUUCCCUAUUUUCAAGAAAGUUGACGUAAGUGAGGUAUCAAACUACAGGGUACAUCUUUAGGAAAUACUAUUGGUAAAGUGUACGCAGGGCUACUUCUGGAGAGACUGACUGAUUGGGUUGAGAAAAACAAGAAAUUGAAAGUCUUCCAGGCUGGAUUCAGAAAAACGUAUUCAACAGUCGACCAUAAAUCUAUACCCUCAUGAAUCUGGUGAGAAUACAACUUUCCAUUAAGCGACAAAAAGUGCAUUCUUCGUGGAUUUUUCAGUUGCCUUCGACAGGAUUGACAGAAAUGCUCUGUUUCACAAGCUACACGCACAUGGGCUGUCGACUAGUAUGGUAAGGGCAAUUAAGGGUCUGUAUCGGGGUGCGACUGCAGCAGUGUGGAGUCAGAAAGGACUCUCUCAGUAUUUUGAUACACACUCUGGAUUGAAACAAGGCUGCUUGUUGAGUCCUAUCUUGUUUUCCCUGUUCAUGGAUGACAUUGAUGAGAGUAUUGAUGGCGGCAUUAGCAUAGGAGGCAAUCGAAUCAAACUACUCGCCUAUGUGGACGAUAUUGUUCUCCUGGCUACCAAUAGCCUAUCUCUACAGAAAAUGAUAGAACAACUGGAAGAUUACUGUACGACCUGGAAUCUUGUGGUCAACUUGGGAAAAUCUAAAAUAAUGGUAUUCCGGAAUGGUGAGAGGCCAGCCAAGUUUAAGAAGUGGUGGUACAAGGGUCGCAGAAUAGAAGUUGUUAAUAGCUACAAGUAUCUUGAAAUAACCCUAACUUCAUCACUCUCACUGGAGGAACACUUUAACUCAGGUGUAGCUAAGGCAAAGUUUGCAAUAAACUCAUUCUCCAGAAUCUGCGCAAGUGAGGAGGUGAAUUUCAGCAGCAAGUUGAAUGCAGCCUGUAAAAGUAUUGUUUGUUUCGGUGCACAAGCGUGGGACUAUGAGUGGCAGGAGAAAGUUGAGAUGCUGCAACGAUUUUUCUUGAGAAAAGUUUUUAGUCUCCCGAAAUGCUCUCCAAAUUUUUCUUUGUAUUUGGAGACUGGAUUGACACCCAUUUUUCUGUACACACUGAAGCUGCAUCUCGAUUAUGUGGGAAAAUGUGUAAAUCUUCCAGAAGAGAGGUAUUCAAAGAUCCUCACAGAUGAGGUGAUGCGAAGGAGGCUGUCUUUCUUCAGUAAAUGGCAACAUAUGGCAGAGGAGUAUCAGAUUCCAAUGGAGCAUUCCACAGGUUUCGACACUGAUGCUAUCUUGAACAGAAUUUCUGUGAACCUCAGAGAGAGAAGUGAGGUUCAAUGGAGAUGCAACCAGACACGUUCCUUGUAUAGAGAGCUGAGUUUGGAGACGGAUUACUUGAAGAGCAGCAAGAAGGCACCGUGCAUUAAAUGUUCAAAGCAAGGACAGAGCUGAUAUACCUCAACAAGUAUUCCUUCACCGCCACACAAAAGUUGUGCACCAUGUGCAAUCUAAGACAGGAAGAAGAUGUUUACCACUUCAUGGCUGUUAGUCCUGUCUUGAAGGAGAUCAGAGAGAACGUUUUCGGAAGUACCUCCCUGAGCAGAGCCCAGCUGAUACGAUUCCUCAAUGGAGAGGAUUGGCUAUCAGUGACGCGGUAUUGCAGAGUGGCGUGGAGGUACAGGUACGAGCUUGUCAUGGAGUUCAACUACUAGGAUGAGAAGAAUGCCACCGACGUUCAACUACCAUAAGAGAACUGCUAUUACUACUACUAUGCAGAAUGAUAAGAAGAUCUUUCAGAAACGGCAACCAACCUCAAAGCGCCUCAGACGGUCAACAGAACAUGAGUGAUUGUCUGCAAAAAACCUUAAAGGAACAAACUUUCAAAACAUAGACAUUUUUCAAGAUAUCAGAAAUGUAUAUUAAUUAUUUUUUAUAUUGAACCAUGUUUUGUUGUUUUCAAUAAAGACACUAAUCUAUUCUAUGAACGUACUUCAAACUCAAUAAUGUCAUAAAAAACUUGUAAGUUUCAUUGAUGUUUGCCAUAAUAUUUGAUUUCUAACAAUAAUUUCAAUGGGCAUUAAUUUUCAGUUAUUAAAGUUCAAUUCAAUUUAUUAUCACAUACAAUUACGAAACUUGUACAAAUUACUUUAGUUACAAUAAAAUAAUAUAAAGGUAAAUUACACUAGUGACCCCCUGG